AUGAACGGAAUUUGGAUAUACGCAGCCUCCAAUACGGCCCGAGGGGAAUCCGCGACGAUCCAAACUGGUACCUUGCCGGCCAAAACUGUAACUUACUGGGACACCGCUCCUGUUUCCUCUGAGCAACACUUUGAUGUCUUCUCAGACAGGUCAAUCCUUCACACGACUCGCGAGCUCAAUGAUCUGGUAAAGAGUGAAACACGGCAUUAG